CACUCAACUCACCUUCCCGUUCUUCUACCGAAGCAGCUACGGACAUAAAGUACCAUAGCUCCAAGGCGUUUCUCUUUUGUUUCGACACGAAAUCCAAAUCCUUCGUUCCGCUGUUGUUGUUGUUGUUUCACAUACUCGGACCCCCUUGUUUCACAUAAUCCGUUCCCGCGCAACCAACACGACAGCACAGCCCCUUCCUGCUGCCCGACACAAACCAACAAAUUCAAACUCCACAAACCAAAUCCAACACCAACACCAAAACCAACACCCAAACCAAAACACAAUGUGCAAGCUCACCAGCACCAACAUCGAGACCACCAACGUCGACGUCGACGACACCAACCUCGACAGCGACCCCGCCCUGGGACGCAGCGAAUCCGARUUGUCCGAGGACACGGAGCGGGAGGUCUGGGAAUUCAUGACGCCCAUGCACUGGCACAAGUCCGUGGCCGACAAGAACUCCAUCUUCCGCCCCACCUACCAGGCCACCAUCGAUGCACUCCGCAAGACGGCCGAGGAGGGCGGAUACGACUGCAUCCUCGAGGUGGGCUGCGGCACCGGCGACAUCAUCGGAGAGAUGAACAACCAGAAGGCCGUYCGAACCUCCGUCAAUUCCAAGACGGCCAAGGCCGCCGAGGCAAACGCCAACGCCAUGGUCACCAUUCCCUGCAUCGGGGUCGACAUCAACAAGGAGUUCAUCGACUUUUGCAAGACCCAGCACCCCCACGAAUCCUGCGAGUUCGUGGUGGCGGACGCCCUCAAGCUCCACGAGUGGUGGAUCGAGGAGGGACACGCGGAACGCUUCCACAAGCCCCUCGUCAUCUGCGUCAACAACACCCUCAACAUCAUGCCCCACGAGCUCCGCGGGGGGGUCGUCGAUCAGAUGAUCGCCGUCGCCGGCUCCGAGGGUCUGUGCAUGGUGUCCUACUGGAACGGCAACUACUUUUCCCACGCCRUUAUGAACUACUACAAGAAAAACCCGCAGCUGUGCGGGGAGUUUGAGGUCCACAAGCACGUCGACUGGAASCAGAACAUGCUGGUCACCCCCACCAACUACAUGACCCACUGGCAGACGCCCCUGGAGGUCCAGAAACUCCUCAGRUCCUACGACGUGGACGUCSCCGACAUUGUGSCCGAGRACGACCUCACCAAGACCGGGUCCCCCCACAUCCGCUGCGAUUCGCUCGCCAUCUUUGUCUGGUUCGACCGGACCUCGACCUCCAACGCCAAGGGAUACUACGAUUCCGACGACGCGCAGAACUUUUACUCCCAGAUCUGGGGCGAGGACGAGCUCCACGUCGGCCGCUACGACCUCCUCUCGGAGGACGAGAUCAAGGGCCUCUCCGACCAGGAACAGAUCAGGAGGGCCGAGGAGCUCCACGAGCUGGAGCUCGUCAAGAAAAUCCGCAAGUGCUGCCUGCCCGAGGAGGACGCCGUCUCCCGGAACCACGGCCUCCGGGUCGUCGACAUGGGCUGCGGCUUUGGCGGGCUCAUCCGCCGCUUCUACGCGGAGGGCCUGGUCUGGAAGGCCACCGGGUGCGACAUUUCCCACCGCAUGUGCGCCAAGGCCCGGAGCCGCAACGCCGAGCUCCUCGGAAGGGAGGACACUUCCACCCUCGAGGUCCUGGCCGAGUCCUGCCUGCAGAUGAGCCUCGGCGACGAGUCGGCCGACGUGGUCGUCAGCGUCGACUCCCUCCUGCACGUCGGCCCCGAGCGGCAGCGCCUCGCCGUGGCCGAGGCCGCCCGGAUGCUCCGGCCCGGUGGCUGGAUGAUCUUCUCGGACAUUAUGCAGGAGGAGGUCCUCCGCUCCAACGAGGACAUGCAGCCCAUCUACGACCGGAUCAACCUCACCAAGAUGGGAACCGUCUCGAACUACAAGUCCGCCCUCGAGGCCUGCGGCUUUACCAACAUCUCGGCGGACCUGCACUCGGAGAACGUCUCGGAGCACUACGGACACGUCCUGAAGGUCACCGAGGAGAAGGGGGCCUCCAUCGGCCUCUCGGAGCAGUACCUUGCCAAGGCCGAGGCCGGCCUCAAGGUCUGGAAGGAAAAGUCCCACGGAAACAUUGCCUGGGGCAUCAUCUGCGCCCAAAAGACCUCCAAGGUCGACCUCUCCAAGGUUCACUGAGGUGGACCUGAUGCGCUCCAGCGUUCCGAGCAAGCCCACCGAAUCCAUUUGCUUGUUGUUGCAGCCGAUCCAACACCACACCACAAUCGGGCGUGGCACGGUGUGCAGGCGUCACGUGUCGUGUCCAGCUACCAGGUCUAACAGCUAGACUGGCUCUUCUCCCAUUCUAUUUUCCAUCCAUUUCCAUUUGCGCUACAACACGAAUUGAUUCGCUCGUUCGGUUCGAUUCGACCCCCAACCGCAUACCCACACAAGCUUACUACAAACCCCAUACGAAUUUGAAUAAACGUCUAUAAUCAUU